UCUGAUUCCGAGCGCCUCCACAUUCCCAGAUUUCCCAGCCCUGGCCUGCAGCGAGGACACUGCGCAGAUAGCAAGAGAGAAAGCGUAGCUCGCUGGAUUUCAUCCACUUUAUGUCCUAAACAACAUUUGUACAGGUCACACUGAACAGCAGAUUGUUGUCUCAAGCCAGUGCUGAUCAAUGACAGUUUAUCUGCAGUCUGUCAGAGAAGAGAGGAAAGAUGAGUCUCUCACAGAAACAGAGUGUAAGAUCAGGCUCACAUGUGUCUGUGAAGAGUGACCGGUCUAACCAUGGUGACAUACCUAACUUCAGUGAGAAAAAAACAUCUAUCAAAAGUGUAAGAUCAGACUCACAUGUGUCCAGCUCUGUGUCUGUGAAGAGUGACCAGUCAAAGGAAGAACCACCGAGAUUCAGUGAAGAAACAACAUCACGAACCAAACGGCUUCAGUGUGAAACAUUAGAUCCAGAUUUACAGACUCACAGGAACCACAAUAAUUUUACAGACAGUCUCCUGCAGAUCUUCCAGGAUCUUGAGAGCAAAAUAAUGACAUUUCUAAAGAAAGAACUAGAAAAUUUUAAGAAAAUAUUACAAAAAGAGGACAUGCAAUACUUUGUGAAGGACUUUAAUGAGAACAGAUGCAGUAUGAAAGAAGCAGCUCUUGAUCUCACGCUCUACUUCCUGAGAGAGAUGAAGCAAGAUGAAGCUGCUGAUACUCUAGAAAAUGAACUGUUCUUCAUUCAUCAGCUAAAGUGUAGCCUAAAGAAGAAGUAUCAAUGUGUGUUUGAAGGAAUUGCAAAGCAAGGUGACUCUACACUUCUGAAGAACAUCUACACAGAUCUCUAUAUCACUCAGGGUUGUAGUGAACAGGUCAAUACUGAACAUGAGGUGAGACAGAUUGAAGUUGCUUCCAGACGUCAUGAAUCUCAGGAGAUACAGGUUGAGUGCAAACAUUUGUUUGAAGCACCUGAACAAGACAAGCAGAUCAGAACUGUACUGACAAAAGGAGUUGCUGGCAUCGGAAAAUCAGUCUCUGUGCAGAAGUUUGUUCUGGAUUGGGCUGAAGGAAAAGAAAAUCAAGAUAUCAGCUUCAUAUUUCCUCUUCCAUUCAGAGAGAUGAACUUAAAGGAGCAAGAAAAACUAAGUUUGAUGGACCUUAUAACUCAGUUUUUCCCAGAGAUAAAAGGACUGAACCUUACAAGAAGAAAUCAAUUCAAAGUCUUGUUCAUUCUUGAUGGAUUGGAUGAAUGUCGUCUUCCUGUAAACUUUAAGGAUAAUGAGACGUGGUCUGAUGUUUCAUCACCAGUCUCUCUGGAUGUUCUCCUGACGAACCUCAUCAAGGGAAAUCUGCUUCCUUCUGCUCUCAUCUGGAUCACCAGCAGACCAGCAGCUGCCAGUAAGAUUCCUCCUGAGUGUAUCGACCGGCUGACAGAGAUACGAGGAUUCAAUGAUGCACAAAAGGAGGAGUACUUCAGAAAAAGAUUCACGGAUGAGAAUCAGGCCAAAGAAAUCAUUGAUCAUGUUAAACAAUCAAAGAGUCUCUUUAUCAUGUGCCACAUCCCAGUCUUCUGCUGGAUUUCAGCCACUGUUCUCCAGAACAUUUUAGAGGAGAAAAGAAAUAAUGUUGUGAAAAACAAUCAGGCUGAUGAUGUCUCCAAAACACUGCAGGAGUCAAAUACUGAAGAAACUCCUAAGACUCUGACACAAAUGUACACACACUUCCUCAGAUUUCAGAUCCAGCAGAGCAGACAAAAGUAUGAUGGAGAAUAUACACCAGAUGUUUCCUGGGAUAAAGAUGCCAUCUUUUCACUGGGGAAACUGGCAUUUGAUCAGCUGGAAAGAAACAAUGUGAUCUUCUAUGACACAGAUCUGGAAGCCUGUGGUAUUGACGUCUGUAAGGCAUCAGUGUACUCAGGCAUGUGUACCCAGAUCUUUAAGGAGGAAACAGGGAUCACUCUUGGUACCAUGUACUGCUUCGUUCACUUGAGCAUUCAAGAGUUUAUUGCAGCCCUUUAUGCACAUCUGUUUCAAGACAUCAACGAGAAAUGUGUGUUUGAUCAAGACUCUACAGUGGUCAAGGAGGUUGAGAGUGUCAGUGUUUAUUUGUACCAUUUCCUUCAAUCCGUUCUCAGACUGUCACUCCACCCCCAAAAAACCAUGAUUGAUUUGCUCAAGACUGCAGUGGACAAGGCACUAGAGAGUGAUAAUGGACACCUGGAUCUUUUUCUUCGCUUCCUCCUUGGUUUGUCACUCCAGUCCAAUCAGAGACUCUUACAGGGUCUGUUGACACAGAAAAAUAGAAAUGAGCAGACCAAAGAGGAAAUAGUUCAGUACAUCAAGCAGAAAUUAAUGUCUAAUCUGUCUCCAGAGAGAUCCAUCAAUCUGUUCUACUGUCUGAAUGAACUGAACGACCAAACUCUGGUGAAAGACAUUCAAACCCACCUUAGCAAAGGAAGUCUCUCAUCUGCUGAUCUUUCACCUGCCCAGUGGUCUGCUUUGGUCUUUGUGUUGUUGACAUCAGAGGAGGAGCUGGAGGAGUUUGAGCUUCAGAAAUUCAAGAAAUCAGAUGAGUGUCUCAUUAGAUUAUCAGCAGUCAUCAAAACCUGCAAAAGAGCUCUGCUAAAUGAUUGUGGCUUAACAGACAAAAGCUGUCCAGCUCUGGCUUCAGUUCUUGGAUCAGAUACCAAUCUGAAAGAGCUGAACAUGAACAAUAAUAAUCUGCAGGAUUCAGGAGUGAAGCUACUCUGCACUGGCAUGGAGAAUAUAAACUGCAAAUUAGAGAUACUGAGUCUGAAGAACAACUGUAUCACAGAAGGAGGUUGUCAUGUUCUGGCUGCAGCUCUAAAUUCAAACCCUUCAAUUCUGACAGAGCUGGAUCUGAGUGAGAAUAAACUAGGAAACCCAGGAAUGAAGAUCUUUUUGACUCUGUUUGAAAAUGUACAGUGUAGACUGGAAAAGCUGAAGUUAAGCUGCAUCAGUAUUACAGAUGAAGGUUGUGCUGCUCUGGCAUCAGCGUUUAAUUCAAACCUCAGAGAGCUGGAUCUGAGCAGGAAUCAAAUAGGAGACUCUGGAGUGACAGAAAUCUCCAGUCUGCUGAGAAAUUCACAGACACUACAGACACUCAGACUUUCAGACUGCAGUAUCAGUGAAGAAGGUUAUAAAGCUCUGUCUUCAGCUCUGAGAUCAAACCCUUCACACCUGAUAGAGCUGGAUCUCACAGGAAAUGAUCCUGGAGAAUCAGGAGUGAAGCAGCUCAGUGAUUUACUACAGGAUCCAAACUGUCAACUCAAGACUCUGAGGUGUUUGGGUCCUGCUGCAGAUGAAGGCUGUCAGUAUGUGACUGGAAUUGUGGGUAAAAACCCGUUACUCCUGAGAGAGCUGGAUCUGAGUAAACAUGAACUAGGAGACACAGGAGUGAAUCAGAUCUCUGCUCUACUGCAGGAUAAACACUGUACACUCAACACACUGAAUCUGUAUAGAUGCAGUAUUACAGAGAAACAGUGUCUCAUCCUGACUUCAGCUCUGAAAUCAAACCCAUCACACCUGAGAGAACUGAACCUGAGCUGGAAUAAACUACUAGGAGACUCUGGAGUGAAACACCUCAGUGAUCUACUGAUGAACACACAAUUCAAGCUGGAGAAACUACAGUUAAACUGCAUCUGUAUUACAGAUGAAGGUUGUGCUGUUCUGGCAUCAGCGUUUAAUUCAAACCUCAGAGAGCUGGAUCUGAGCAGGAAUCAAAUAGGAGACUCUGGAGUGACAGAAAUCUCCAGUCUGCUGAGAAAUUCACAGACACUACAGAUACUCAGACUUUCAGACUGCAGUAUCAGUGAAGAAGGUUAUAAAGCUCUGUCUUCAGCUCUGAGAUCAAACCCUUCACACCUGAUAGAGCUGGAUCUCACAGGAAAUGAUCCUGGAGAAUCAGGAGUGAAGCAGCUCAGUGAUUUACUACAGGAUCCAAACUGUCAACUCAAGACUCUGAGGUGUUUGGGUCCUGCUGCAGAUGAAGGCUGUCAGUAUGUGACUGGAAUUGUGGGUAAAAACCCGUUACUCCUGAGAGAGCUGGAUCUGAGUAAACAUGAACUAGGAGACACAGGAGUGAAUCAGAUCUCUGCUCUACUGCAGGAUAAACACUGUACACUCAACACACUGAAUCUGUAUAGAUGCAGUAUUACAGAGAAACAGUGUCUCAUCCUGACUUCAGCUCUGAAAUCAAACCCAUCACACCUGAGAGAACUGAACCUGAGCUGGAAUAAACUACUAGGAGACUCUGGAGUGAAACACCUCAGUGAUCUACUGAUGAACACACAAUUCAAGCUGGAGAAACUACAGUUAAACUGCAUCAGUAUUACAGAUGAAGGUUGUGCUGUUCUGGCAUCAGCGUUUAAUUCAAACCUCAGAGAGCUGGAUCUGAGCAGGAAUCAAAUAGGAGACUCUGGAGUGACAGAAAUCUCCAGUCUGCUGAGAAAUUCACAGACACUACAGAUACUCAGACUUUCAGACUGCAGUAUCAGUGAAGAAGGUUAUAAAGCUCUGUCUUCAGCUCUGAGAUCAAACCCUUCACACCUGAUAGAGCUGGAUCUCACAGGAAAUGAUCCUGGAGAAUCAGGAGUGAAGCUGCUCAGUGAUUUACUACAGGAUCCAAACUGUCAACUCAAGACUCUGAGGUUUUUGGGUCCUGCUGCAGAUGAAGGCUGUCAGUAUGUGACUGGAAUUGUGGGGAAAAACCCGUUACUCCUGAGAGAGCUGAAUCUGAGUGGACGUAAACUAGGAGACACAGGAGUGAAUCAGAUCUCUGCUCUACUGCAGGAUAAACACUGUAGACUCAACACACUGAAUCUGAGUUAUUGCAGUAUUACAGAGAAACAGUGUGUCAUCCUGACUUCAGCUCUGAAAUCAAACCCAUCACACCUGAGAGAACUGAACCUGAGCGGGAAUGAACUACUAGGAGACUCUGGAGUGAAACACCUCAGUGAUCUACUGAUGAACACACAAUUCAAGCUGGAGAAACUACAUCUGUGUAGAUGCAGUAUUACAGAGAAACAGUGUCUCAUCCUGACUUCAGCUCUGAAAUCAAACCCAUCACAUCUGAGAGAACUGGACCUGAGCUGGAAUGAACUACUAGGAGACUCUGGAGUGAAACACCUCAGUGAUCUACUGAUGAACACACAAUUCAAGCUGGAGAAACUAGAUCUGUGUAGAUGCAGUAUUACAGAGAAACAGUGUCUCAUCCUGACUUCAGCUCUGAAAUCAAACCCAUCACACCUGAGAGAACUGGACCUGAGCUGGAAUGAACUACUAGGAGACUCUGGAGUGAAACACCUCAGUGAUCUACUGAUGAACACACAAUUCAAGCUGGAGAAACUAGUUCUGUGUGGAUGCAGUAUUACAGAGGAACAGUGUCUCAUCCUGACUUCAGCUCUGAAAUCAAACCCAUCACACCUGAGAGAACUGAACCUGAGCAGGAAUAAACUACUAGGAGACUCUGGAGUGAAACACCUCAGUGAUCUACUGAUGAACACACAAUUCAAGCUGGAGAAACUAGUUCUGAGUUAUUGCAGUAUUACAGAGAAACAGUGUCUCAUCCUGACUUCAGCUCUGAAAUCAAACCCAUCACACCUGAGGGAACUGAACCUGAGUCUGAAUGAACUACUAGGAGACUCUGGAGUGAAACACCUCAGUGAUCUACUGAUGAACACACAAUUCAAGCUGGAGAAACUAGAUCUGAGUUAUUGCAGUAUUACAGAGAAACAGUGUCUCAUCCUGACUUCAGCUCUGAAAUCAAACCCAUCACACCUGAGAGAACUGAACCUGAGCGGGAAUGAACUACUAGGAGACUCUGGAGUGAAACACCUCAGUGAUCUACUGAUGAACACACAAUUCAAGCUGGAGAAACUAGAUCUGUGUAGAUGCAGUAUUACAGAGAAACAGUGUCUCAUCCUGACUUCAGCUCUGAAAUCAAACCCAUCACACCUGAGAGAACUGAACCUGAGCGGGAAUGAACUACUAGGAGACUCUGGAGUGAAACACCUCAGUGAUCUACUGAUGAACACACAAUUCAAGCUGGAGAAACUAGAUCUGUGUGGAUGCAGUAUCACAGAGAAACAGUGUCUCAUCCUGACUUCAGCUCUGAAAUCAAACCCAUCACACCUGAGAGAACUGAACCUGAGCGGGAAUGAACUACUAGGAGACUCUGGAGUGAAACACCUCAGUGAUCUACUGAUGAACACACAAUUCAAGCUGGAGAAACUAGUUCUGUGGGGAUGCAGUAUUACAGAGAAACAGUGUCUCAUCCUGACUUCAGCUCUGAAAUCAAACCCAUCACACCUGAGAGAACUGGACCUGAGCUGUAAUAGACUACUAGGAGACUCUGGAGUGAAACACCUCAGUGAUCUACUGAUGAACACACAAUUCAAGCUGGAGAAACUAGAUCUGUGGAGAUGCAGUAUUACAGAGAAACAGUGUCUCAUCCUGACUUCAGCUCUGAAAUCAAACCCAUCACACCUGAGAGAACUGGACCUGAGCGGGAAUGAACUACUAGGAGACUCUGGAGUGAAACACCUCAGUGAUCUACUGAUGAACACACAAUUCAAGCUGGAGAAACUAGAUUUGUGUGGAUGCAGUAUGACAGAGAAACAGUGUCUCAUCCUGACUUCAGCUCUGAAAUCAAACCCAUCACACCUGAGAGAACUGAACCUGAGCUGGAAUGAAUUACUAGGAGACUCUGGAGUGAAACACCUCAGUGAUCUACUGAUGAACACACAAUUCAAGCUGGAGAAACUAGUGUUAAACUGCAUCAGUAUUACAGAUGAAGGUUGUGCUGCUCUGGCAUCAGCGUUUAAUUCAAACCUCAGAGAGCUGGAUCUGAGCAGGAAUCAAAUAGGAGACUCUGGAGUGACAGAAAUCUCCAGUCUGCUGAGAAAUUCACAGACACUACAGAUACUCAGACUUUCAGACUGCAGCAUCACUGAAGAAGGUUAUAAAGCUCUGUCUUCAGCUCUGAGAUCAAACCCUUCACACCUGAUAGAGCUGGAUCUCACAGGAAAUGAUCCUGGAGAAUCGGGAGUGAAGUUGCUCAGUGAUUUACUACAGGAUCCAAACUGUCAACUCAAGACACUGAGGUUUUUGGGUCCUGCUGCAGAUGAAGGCUGUCAGUAUGUGACUGGAAUUGUGGGUAAAAACCCGUUACUCCUGAGAGAGCUGAAUCUGAGGAGACGUAAACGUAAACUAGGAGACACAGGAGUGAAUCAGAUCUCUGCUCUACUGCAGGAUAAACACUGUAGACUCAACACACUGAAAUUAGGAAAUUUUCCUUUCUUCAGUCUGUGGGGAUGCAGUAUUACAGAGAAACAGUGUCUCAUCCUGACUUCAGCUCUGAAAUCAAACCCAUCACACCUGAGAGAACUGAACCUGAGCUGGAAUAAACUACUAGGAGACUCUGGAGUGAAACACCUCAGUGAUCUACUGAUGAACACACAAUUCAAGCUGGAGAAACUAGAUCUGUGUGGAUGCAGUAUUACAGAGAAACAGUGUCUCAUCCUGACUUCAGCUCUGAAAUCAAACCCAUCACACCUGAGAGAACUGAAUCUGAGCAGGAAUGAACUACUAGGAGACUCUGGAGUGAAACACCUCAGUGAUCUACUGAUGAACACACAAUUCAAGCUGGAGAAACUAGAUCUGUUUUAUUGCAGUAUUACAGAGAAACAGUGUCUCAUCCUGACUUCAGCUCUGAAAUCAAACCCAUCACACCUGAGAGAACUGAACCUGAGCAGGAAUAAACUACUAGGAGACUCUGGAGUGAAAAACCUCAGUGAUCUACUGAUGAACACACAAUUCAAGCUGGAGAAACUAGAUCUGUGGAGAUGCAGUAUUACAGAGAAACAGUGUCUCAUCCUGACUUCAGCUCUGAAAUCAAACCCAUCACACCUGAGAGAACUGAACCUGGGCUGGAAUGAACUACUAGGAGACUCUGGAGUGAAACACCUCAGUGAUCUACUGAUGAACACACAAUUCAAGCUGGAGAAACUACAUCUGUGUGGAUGCAGUAUUACAGAGAAACAGUGUCUCAUCCUGACUUCAGCUCUGAAAUCAAACCCAUCACACCUGAGAGAACUGAACCUGAGCUGGAAUCAAAUAAAAAACACAGGAGUGAAUCACUUAUGUGACGUACUGAAGGAUUCACGCUGUAAACUGGAGAGAUUGAGACUUUCAGACUGCAGUAUCACUGAAGAAGGUUAUAAAGCUCUGUCUUCAGCUCUGAGAUCAAACCCUUCACACCUGAUAGAGCUGGAUCUCACAGGAAAUGAUCCUGGAGAAUCAGGAGUGAAGCAGCUCAGUGAUUUACUACAGGAUCCAAACUGUCAACUCAACACACUGAGGUUUUUGGGUCCUGCUGCAGAUGAAGGCUGUCAGUAUGUGACUGGAAUUGUGGGUAAAAACCCGUUACUCCUGAGAGAGCUGAAUCUGAGUGAACAUGAACUAGGAGACACAGGAGUGAAUCAGAUCUCUGCUCUACUGCAGGAUAAACACUGUACACUCAACACACUGAAUCUGCGUGAUUGCAGUAUUACAGAGAAACAGUGUCUCAUCCUGACUUCAGCUCUGAAAUCAAACCCAUCACACCUGAGAGAACUGAACCUGAGUCUGAAUGAACUACUAGGAGACUCUGGAGUGAAACACCUCAGUGAUCUACUGAUGAACACACAAUUCAAGCUGGAGAAACUACAGUUAAACUGCAUCAGUAUUACAGAUGAAGGUUGUGCUGCUCUGGCAUCAGCGUUUAAUUCAAACCUCAGAGAGCUGGAUCUGAGCAGGAAUCAAAUAGGAGACUCUGGAGUGACAGAAAUCUCCAGUCUGCUGAGAAAUUCACAGACACUACAGAUACUCAGACUUUCAGACUGCAGUAUCAGUGAAGAAGGUUAUAAAGCUCUGUCUUCAGCUCUGAGAUCAAACCCUUCACACCUGAUAGAGCUGGAUCUCACAGGAAAUGAUCCUGGAGAAUCAGGAGUGAAGCAGCUCAGUGAUUUACUACAGGAUCCAAACUGUCAACUCAAGACUCUGAGGUUUUUGGGUCCUGCUGCAGAUGAAGGCUGUCAGUAUGUGACUGGAAUUGUGGGUAAAAACCCGUUACUCCUGAGAGAGCUGAAUCUGAGGGGACGUGAACUAGGAGACACAGGAGUGAAUCAGAUCUCUGCUCUACUGCAGGAUAAACACUGUACACUCAACACACUGAAAUUAGGAAAUUUUCCUUUCUUCAGUCGGCGUGGAUGCAGUAUUACAGAGGAACAGUGUCUCAUCCUGACUUCAGCUCUGAAAUCAAACCCAUCACACCUGAGAGAACUGAACCUGAGCUGGAAUAAACUACUAGGAGACUCUGGAGUGAAACACCUCAGUGAUCUACUGAUGAACACACAAUUCAAGCUGGAGAAACUAGAUCUGUCUGGAUGCAGUAUGACAGAGAAACAGUGUCUCAUCCUGACUUCAGCUCUGAAAUCAAACCCAUCACACCUGAGAGAACUGAACCUGAGCUGGAAUGAACUACUAGGAGACUCUGGAGUGAAACACCUCAGUGAUCUACUGAUGAACACACAAUUCAAGCUGGAGAAACUAGAUCUGUGUGGAUGCAGUAUUACAGAGAAACAGUGUCUCAUCCUGACUUCAGCUCUGAAAUCAAACCCAUCACACCUGAGAGAACUGAACCUGAGCAGGAAUAAACUACUAGGAGACUCUGGAGUGAAACACCUCAGUGAUCUACUGAUGAACACACAAUUCAAGCUGGAGAAACUAGAUCUGUGUGGAUGCAGUAUUACAGAGAAACAGUGUCUCAUCCUGACUUCAGCUCUGAAAUCAAACCCAUCACACCUGAGAGAACUGAACCUGAGCGGGAAUAAACUACUAGGAGACUCUGGAGUGAAACAGCUCAGUGAUCUACUGAUGAACACACAAUUCAAGCUGGAGAAACUACAUCUGUGGGGAUGCAGUAUUACAGAGAAACAGUGUCUCAUCCUGACUUCAGCUCUGAAAUCAAACCCAUCACACCUGAGAGAACUCAACCUGAGUCUAAAUGAACUACUAGGAGACUCUGGAGUGAAACACCUCAGUGAUCUACUGAUGAACACACAAUUCAAGCUGGAGAAACUACAUCUGUUUUAUUGCAGUAUUACAGAGAAACAGUGUCUCAUCCUGACUUCAGCUCUGAAAUCAAACCCAUCACACCUGAGAGAACUGAACCUGAGCAGGAAUAAACUACUAGGAGACUCUGGAGUGAAAAACCUCAGUGAUCUACUGAUGAACACACAAUUCAAGCUGGAGAAACUAGAUCUGUGUGUAUGCAGUAUUACAGAGAAACAGUGUCUCAUCCUGACUUCAGCUCUGAAAUCAAACCCAUCACACCUGAGAGAACUGAACCUGAGCGGGAAUGAACUACUAGGAGACUCUGGAGUGAAACACCUCAGUGAUCUACUGAUGAACACACAAUUCAAGCUGGAGAAACUAGAUCUGCGUUAUUGCAGUAUUACAGAGAAACAGUGUCUCAUCCUGACUUCAGCUCUGAAAUCAAACCCAUCACACCUGAGAGAACUGAACCUGAGCAUGAAUCAAAUAAGAAACACAGGACUGAAUCACUUAUGUGACGUACUGAAGGAUUCACGCUGUAAACUGGAGAGAUUGAGUCUUUAUGUCUGUGACAUUACAGAUGUUUCUUCUUUAACUCAGUCUUUGACAAACACAAAAGCUCUGCAGUUUCUAAAAGAGCUUGAUCUGAGAGGUAAUAUGAUUGGAGACUCAAAGCAGAAGCUCAUUGAUGUGCUACGAGACUCAAACUGUGAACUGAGAUUGAGAUAAAUCACCAGAAGCUGAUUAAUGCUGUAUCUCGUAAAGUGAAGUGAUCUUGAGAGGAGCAGUAAACAUCAGCUGAAGAUCCACAGAAGAGCUUCACUACUGUGUCUAUGAGGAGUAAUAAAUGUGUGAUAAAUGUGUAAAUGUGAUCCAUACAGGUGAAGAGACUCAGACUUUACAAUCAAAUAAUGCAGCAUGUGUGUUAGAAACAUGAUAUUGAAUGAUUAAUGUUGCUUUAGUAUUCAAGCAGAUGAUCAUUGUGUUUAAUGUAAAGCUGGAACAGAGGAGGAAGAAGCUCAGAUGAGUCUGUCUGGCUCUUCAGUUUAAUAAUAUUUCUAUUAAACUCAUUCAUAAUGAUUCAGAUGUUUAAAUGUGAUUGUCAAGUGUAGCACUUAAAUGUGUCAAAAGAUAAAAAACAAAUCUACACUGUGUAAAAUUUCCAUGUUACUUAAAACAUUUCCAUGAUCUCUCUUACAUUUUCUACUCAUUUUUAUUCUAUUUAAUUAUAUCUUAAGUUAGCUAUGUGUCUGUCUGUUGCUAACAAUCACAAAUCCUCUCAUUACAACAAACAAAGCCGAAACACAGUGUCAAUAAAAGCUGGAUUGUGCAGUUUUGACAGAUGAAUUGAUUAAAACGGGAGUUUUCACACACA